AUGGCUCCGCUUCUUCUUAUCAAUGUUUCAAAUGUUUUGGCAUAUUUUUUUCUUUUAGGUGAUAAUAUAUAUACAUACAUUCAAGCUGGGGAGGACAGUCCUUAUCUUCAAGCACAUCUUACAUACGUUUCUCCUGCUAUUUUUACCUUCUAUAUAUGGAUACCUAUUCAACUCUUGUUAGGAGGUUUUGCUAAAGAACAUGUUACUACUAUUCAUUGGAAUUUUGUUGGUAUUGUUGCGCUAAACUGCUUAUGGCUUAAUUUUUGGGAAGAAGAUCUGAUUACUUUAUCAUUGAUUGCAAUUUUUUUGAUGGUCCUCCAAUUAUCCUAUAUUUACCGUGAGCUUGAAUUUACGUAUCUACCUUAUGAGCUUAAUGACGACCCAAUAGACAUUGUACUUGACGUAGUAUUUAUCCAUUUGCCAUUCUCUUUAUAUCACUCAUGGUCUGCAGUGUUGUUGGUUAUUACAACCUUUACUAUAUUUAUGCCUGAAAAAAUUGAUGAAACUCCAAGUUUGAUUGAAGUUUUUGUUGUAAUACUUGUUUUGAUAUGUUUUGAAUUAUUGGCGGCUAUGUAUAUUUCAGCUAAUAAUGAUUUUGCCGGUUUCGCUGGAUAUUCGGUGAUUUUAUUUACUUUUAUAGGAAUUGCAUAUGAACAAGAAUAUAUAGUAAUUCAUUUGACAGCUAUUAUAUUUUCACUCAUUUCUGCUACUUACUUUGUUAUAUCUUUAAUUAUGAAAUUGAGGGCUCCUCCUAAAAAGCAAGAUGAGGAUAUGUAA